AGUAUUUAGUUUAAUAUUCAAAUAAAUGUAAAAUAUAAUUUUGUUUAAGAUUUCAACUAAAAAAUGGUCAAAUGCAGAAAAAACAUGCGAUCCUAUAAUGGAGAUCAUAUAAUGGUGAUCGCUGAAUUUGCUGAGAUGACAGCAGUUCUAUGGCAUUGACCACUCAAGUCAAAAAUCAGUGACUACUGAACUCUGAUAAGCGACCGUUUUUAAAAGUGACUUCCAAACACUGAAAAGCAACCACAGAUCUUUGAAAAAUGCCAACUGAACUCUUAAAAAUGACCACUAAACUCUGAAAAUUGAGUAUUGAACUCUAAAAAGUGACAACUAAAAUUAAAAUUGAUCACUGAACCCUGUUAAGUGAACACUGGUAAUCUAAAAGUUUACCAAACUACAGAAGAUGAGCACGUUAGAUUUUGAUGAGGUUUUAACCCAUGUGGGUGAAAUUGGUUUGUAUCAAAUCAGUCUUUUCAUCAUGCUCUGCAUACCAGCAUGCCUUCCCGCAGCAUUCUUAGCCUUCAGUCAGGUUUUCCUGUCUGCCGAGCCCUCUCAUUGGUGUGCACAUCCAGAACUUGAUAAAGUAGCUCCUCAUCUUAAUAUAUCACAUAGGUUGAGACUAGGGUCUCCAAUGAAGGAGCAGGACGGGAAAAACCUUGGUUUUGAUUCCUGCUUGAUGUAUGAUGUGGAGAACUGGACCCAAGUUUAUGAGGAGCAUAAUGGAAGUUGGCCUGAGUAUCCUCGGGAAGACUGGGAGAUAGUUCCCUGCAGGUUUGGUUGGAUAUUUGAUAGCUCUGAGUAUAAAAAUACACUGGUUACUCAGCUGGAGCUGGUUUGUGAUAAUGCUUGGCAAGUCUCUUCCUCGACAUCAUUGUUCUAUGUUGGUUCCCUUAUAGGAAACGUGAUGUUUGGUCACGUGGCAGACAAAUACGGAAGGAGGAAAUCAUUCUUUAUCAUGCUCUUCAUGGAGGUAACUUUAAGCAUUGCACUGGCAUUCUCCCCCAACUAUCUGGUGUUUACAAUAAUCAGAACUGUUAAUGGGCUCACUUUCCCAGCACUUUUCCAGAUUCCUUUUAUACUAUGUUUGGAGAUGCUGGGUCCAGCCUACAGAACAAUGGCGGGUAUGAUGCUUUGCCUGGUGUUUGCUGUAGCUCUCAUGAUACUAGCAGGAUUAGCCUAUAUGUUUAACACGUGGUUCAAUCUAGCACUCAUUACUUCACUUCCGUUUCUAUCUCUCUUUGUUUAUUGGUGGAUAGUGCCGGAGUCUCCUCGCUGGUUGCUGUCUACAGGAAGGAUAGACGAAGCUGAGGUCGUGGUUCAGAGGAUUGCUAAAUGGAACAAGAAGGAUAUACCUGCAAACUUUAUACAUCAGAUGGCGGCCCAAGCCAGCUGCUCAAGCAGUAGACGAACUAGUGGGACUAGGCAGGAUACUAAGUUUUCUGGUGAGGAACCCCACUACAAGGAGAAUAUGGAUCAAGUGGAACAAAGAGCAGAAAAGAGUAUUUUUGACAUGAUCCGUGGGUAUCCGAUAGCUCGGAGAAACUUCCUCUUAAUCACAUUUAACUGGUUGGCCAAUGCCCUGGUUUACAACGGCCUCUCCUACUAUUCAGCUAACCUUGAAGUUUCUUCUCAUCUUGGAUUCUUUAUCAGUUCUGCAGUAGAGGUUCCUUCCUACUUCCUUGGCUGGUAUUUCAUGGACAAAUGGGGAAGACGAUGGGUUCUGUUUGAAACUAUGAUGCUUGGAGGAUUAUCAUGCAUAUCCUGCAUAUUUGUCCCUAUUGACGCUGAUCCUUGGUGGACGGUAUGUCUGGCUAUGGUUGGAAAGUUCCAGAUAGCCGCAAGCUUUGCGGUCAUUUAUGUUUAUGCUGGGGAGCUUAUGCCCACUGUAGUGAGAUCACAGGCGAUGGGAAUAUCCUCAUUUGUUGCAGGAAUUGGUCUUCUACUUUUCCCUUAUAUAAACAGUUUGGGAGUAAUCAGCCGUAUACUCCCCCUGGUGAUUAUGGGUAGUUUCUCCUGUCUGGGCGGAGUAGCAGCUCUGUUCCUACCGGAGACACUGUGGACCCAUCUCCCAAACACUCUGGAGGAGGGGGAGUCGUUCGGUUCAAAGUUCAAGAUAUUCAGCUGUCCAACCAGACGAGUGUCGAGGGACUCCAUUGAACCAACAGAACUUCAGAAACUUGCAAGAGAAGAGAAGAAUAAACCUGUACAAGUGUAAACAGUAAAGUUUUAGUACCUUGUAUUGUACAAGCAUUAAUUUAGUGUCUUGUACAUACAUAUAUUCAGCCUGCUUAUUAAAAACUCUCAUAAAUAUUUAAGACCGCGGGAGUUUAAAGUGUUCCAACACCUUGGAAUUUGAUGUUAUCGCUAACUAACUCACUUGUGCUUUUCAGCAGCCAUUUACAUGCAUAUUUUUGCACCUUAAAGCACUUGUUGAUAGUUUUGGUUUUUAGAAGUAAUUGGCAAAAUUCUCAUAGAUUUUAGCUUAAGAGCUUGAGACCUUAAAAUCAGAGUGUACAUAGCUAUUGAUGUAGCACUGCACACCUUGAACUUUACAGUGUACAAAUAAUUAAAUAAGGAUACUCAUCAAUGUAAUGUCAAGUGUAAAAGUGUACUGCCCAUACACCUUACACUUUCACUGUACACUUUAAAGUAAAAGUAUAUUGUGAAAUCAUCUAAACCAGUGUUUCAUGGAUUUAUGAACUGUCAUACCUGUACAGUGUACAGUGAUUAAAAGCUGUUUUUACUUUACACUGUACAGCGUACAGUGUUUACUGUACAGUGUACAGUGUACACUAGUUUUCAUCAUCAUGAUAAUCCAUUAAUGCAUUCUUAAUUUUUGAACGUGUUUCGCGAAAAUAUUGAUUUUAAAAUAUUCUUAUAAAGAAAUCAUAAUUCAAAGUCGGAAUUUUCAGCACGUGUUUUGAAAUCACGUGAACAAAUCUUGUGCAUAAUAUAUUCCUUUUAUGAUUUUAUCAGAAUAAGAGUAUUUCAAACUAAGGACUACGUUUUUUUCAAAACAAAGCUGAAAGAAUUUUUAACUCUGCAAACUAGACAGAAGGAGAAAGUAAAAUUUCUGCUGAAAGGAAAAAAAGUUUCUGAUAAUUUUCUUAUUAACAAUGCUAUAGAAGUAAAAUUCAUGAUUCCAGAAUUCAGAUUCAAUUAGUAUUUAGUAAAAAAAAUUACAAAAAAAACUCUUAAAAUUUUUUCUUCGAUUUGUGGAAACUGCUCCAAACCUUAAUUUUGUAAUCCUUUAUCAAUUUGAACCUUUGAUAUUUCAAGCUUAGACUGUAGAAUUCAAAGAUAUACGACAUUCCGGGUUGCAAAAUUACAGGGAUUUAACAAAUCUAAGUGUUCGGCAAAGUUUGUUUUAAAUUAAAAAAAGAAUUUAUCCAGAAACUACCAGAGAUGUUCAAAUAUUAACUGAUCAAAAUCUUGAUUUAAGAAAUAUUAUUUAUUGGUUCAAACUUGUUUUAUCAAAUCACCUGUUCCCCAAAGCAGGGAAUGAUUUACUUGUUGUACUGUAACGUUUACUCGUCUUCCUGCCUAAACACCGGAACAGUACAUCAAUGAACUAAAGUUUUCAGUACUUCGGGAGCAAAUGGUGCAGUUUUAAGUUUUGACAUUUUUAUAAAAAACAAAGAUAUCUUGUAUAUAUAUCUAUAUAUAUAUCUAUAUAUAUACAGGGU